CUCCGCCAGUCACUUACGCUCGCGCUCCAAAAAGGGGGUCCCUCCAACUCUGUACGCUGGGCCCGUCCAGUGCUGGGUCGAUGAGCCCAGCGCAAACUCGUUUGGAGCUCGGACGGUGCUUUUGUUAAGUGGACUCCACUCAAAGAGUUGUGGGCUGUUUACCCUGGUUCCAUCUCUCUCGCAGCUGCUGGUGCGGCGCCGCGCCCCCACCCCCGACCUCUAGGGGCUGGAGCCCUGGCACCCCGGGGGCCUCAGGCUGGGUGUCUGUCUCCAAAAGUUGCUCACACGCCGCCUCCAGUCCCGCACGCUGGGGCCGCCGAGGCUCCUCUCCACUCGGGAGUCGCGAUGCCCCUGGGACACAUCAUGCACCUGGAUCUGGAGAAGAUCGCCCUCGAGUACAUCGUGCCCUGCCUGCAUGACAUCGGCUUCUGCUACCUGGACAAUUUCCUGGGCGAGGUGGUAGGCGACUGCGUUCUGGAGCGCGUGAAGCAACUGCACUGUAACGGGGACCUGCAGGACGGGCAGCUGGCUGGACCCCGCUCCGGGAUCUCCAAGAGGCACUUGCGGGGAGAUCAGAUAACCUGGAUCGGGGGCAACGAGGAAGGCUGCGAAGCCAUCAACUUCCUCUUGUCCCUGAUCGACCGGCUGGUUUUGUACUGUGGAAGCCGCCUGGGCAAAUACUAUGUCAAAGAAAGGUCCAAGGCAAUGGUGGCUUGCUAUCCUGGGAAUGGGACCGGUUAUGUUCGACAUGUAGACAAUCCCAAUGGAGACGGACGCUGUAUCACCUGCAUCUACUAUCUGAACAAGAACUGGGAUUCCAAGCUGCAUGGUGGGAUUCUUCGGAUAUUCCCAGAAGGAAAGUCCUUUAUAGCAGAUGUGGAACCUAUUUUUGACAGGCUACUCUUCUUCUGGUCAGAUCGUAGGAACCCACAUGAAGUACAGCCUUCCUAUGCUACAAGAUAUGCUAUGACUGUUUGGUACUUUGAUGCAGAGGAAAGGGCAGAAGCCAAAAAGAAAUUCAGGAAUUUAACUGGGAAGACAGAAACCUCCCCAAGUGAGGACUGACGUGGAGAUUGGUUGGCACUGUUCUUUUCAGAAACACUGUCUCUGAACUGUCUGCAAGCAACAAGAUCCAAAGAUGACCUCUUCGUUGACUUGGGGGAAGGACACUCUUUCCCACAUGCUAGAGAUGCACCGUUCAUGUCUCUCAUCUUGCCUGUGGUACUCAGCAUUCUUCUGCCAGGACUCUAUUCAUCACCAGACACUCUCUGUGACUUUGGAAGAACUUGAAGAUUUGCCUACUCCAGAAAUACCGUGGGGCAAUGACCCAUUGAACAAGUUUAGCAGAUGACUUUUUGGCUACAUCAGUUGUAAAGAUGAUGAACAUGGAAACAUAGGGGAGGGAACAAAUCUUAUUUGCACUUUAUGUAAACUUUUCGGAUUGAAAGAAAGCUUUGCCAAGAAAUGCUGCCUCUGGAAGCAACGUGAGAGGUUGGCUUAAGGAAAGCGUUUAGGGUUCCUAGUGCGCCACUCAGCUAGACAUCAUUGGAUGGACUUUCUGUAGCAUUGGCUCAAGUGUGUGUUUUCGCCGUUUCUACAAAGGGCUGUCCUUGUCAUUGUAAUACUUUCACAUAUGGCUUGUUGUCUGAACACUUCUUAUUUUGUUCUUUCUUCCUGAUCUCGGAAGAAAGGCUUCUUGCCGCUGCUCAAGAUGGGUGAAAAUAUUAACCUUGUAUGAGAUAGAAGUACCGUUUACUUCCCUUUUUAUUUUUUUCCCUCAAGAGGUUGGUUCCCCAGGAGUCUAGCCAAGACUAAAAGUUCAGCAUUGUCUUACUGCUUCUUUAAUAAGGUAGAGUUGUGAAUCUAAGAGUAAAAAUCUUGUCUGGACCUUAGUAGCAAUCCAUAAUUAUGUUAAAAUGAAACCAGAUCUCUGGUUAACAGUACUUUUUUUGUAGUUAACAAAAAUUUUCUCUCCCCAUCUUCCCCUGUAUUCAUUAAAAAAAAAAGAAAAACAAAUACUUGUAUAACAUAUGCCUCAUCAAACAGAACAAACUGCUGCAUUGGUUAUGUCCAAAAUUAUAUUUCUCAUCCUUGAACCGUCAUUUCUCUGUCAAGAGGUUAGAUAGUAACAUGGUUCCAUUGGGCCUCAGACCAUAUGUGUCUCCACUGGGUUCUGGUGGGAAGGAGGUCUCAGAAAAAUUAGUAAUGUCUUCUCCUUUAAAAAAAUGAGGACACCUUCCUUUGAGAAAGUGGGGUGAAAAAUAAAGUCUAUAUUAAAAAAAAAUAGAAAUAAAAAAUUUAUGGAAGAAAAAAACCUACGUUGAGUCACUCAACUCUGUCUAUCUCUAUCAGCUUUCAUUCCCACAACCAGCAUUUUGGCUAGACCUUGCUACAUCAGUCUCACUCCUAUUGUCAGUAUUACAGGGGUCAUAUAUUUACCUAGGUGUAAUUGUGAAAUUGUGGGAAAAAAAAAAUUGUGUUCUCUAUGACUGUGCGAGGGAGCACUUUCCCUCAUCUUAAUAAUCCAUUUCCAACACCAUUGUGGCCUUUUUUCACCUUUCUUUGGGGUACCUUCUAGUAUUCCCUUUUGUAUCUUACUCGAAAUUGUUUAAUUUCCCUUCCCUUAACAGUGAAGAAGGAAAAUGGGAAACACUUUCAUUUUCUUUAGGUAGCCAUGUUGGAUUCCUUGGGGAAAAUCAUAAGUUUAACUUUGCCUUAAUUGAUGGUUGAAAAGCCUCAGACAAGUGUUGCCAUCUCCAUCUGGCCCCACAUCAAGCUUUUCUACAUAUAUCUUUGGACACAUAAAAAUGUGUCCCUUCCUUUCUUCUCCGUUUGUGUGUGUGUGUACCCAACUUUCUACUGUCAUACAUUUGUGAACCCAGGAGAUAAAUUCUAGAGUCCUUUUGGUGUCAUGAUUGGUUUGGUGAACAAAACUGAGCUGAUUAUUCACCAAAUGGUGGAGUGUUGUAGAACAUGCUGUUGGAAGUUGGAAGACAGACUCUACCUUGGAUCAUUAAGAAUAUAAACUUAGCUCUGAUGAAUGUAGCUUCAGUUGCACUGAGAAAGGAUCCUUGACAAUUAACUGAAAUAUCACAGUGAGAGAAAAAGGGGUGUACUAGCUACUCUGGCAACAAGCAGUAACUAUAUAUUUUGAAGUUGGCUGUUUUGCUUUGGGGUUUUUUUCCCCCUUCCUUUUCUUUUUGGGGGAUUUCAUCAGUAUAGAGAACUCCUAGUGAGGAAUUUCCUUUACCAAUGCAUCGGCAUUAUCUUUUGCAUCUUAUAACCUUGGUUGCCUGGGGAACCAAUAGGUUAAGCUGCUUUCCAGUGGUCACAAACUCCUCCAUUGGCUAUUCUGGAGGUAGCCCAAAAGCCUACAAAAUUCACUUAAAGCUUUUCCCCAGUCUUCCUCAUGUACACUAAUGGGUCAUCUGAUUACUGGGAAUAAAUGCAGAUUAAUUGAUCAAGUAGCAGGCUAUUAAAAUAGUACAGCCCUGGUACUGUGAGUUGUCUUUCAUUUUUUUUUUUGGCAAGUUUUUUUUUUUUUAAACUUGUCCAAGGUCUGAUUUUUCUUAUAUCCUACCUAAACCCUUGGGAGAAAGGUACUAUACAAUAAAUGUUCAAAAUAAUCUACUUUAUCCUUGGCUGAUUUGUUUGGCUGAAUUAUCCCCUUAGAAAUCAAGCCCAGAACAGGUUGAAGAUGAAACCAUAUACCCAGGGACCGUUUUUUGUUAUUCCCUUAGACCCUGUUGUUUGGGAAGGACUGCAAACUGCCAAGGGAAAGUCAUUUGUUGAGUAAUCAAAUCAAUUUCAUUUGUAUUCCUGGCAAUGGAAAUGUUAAGAGCCUUCCUAACCAUUACAUCAUCUAAAUAGUGCAGGGUCCUUAGCAGUAGAUUGAAUUUUGAUCCAAAGAUCCAAUUUCAUGAGAGUAAAAAGUCUUACCUCAGUUCAGUAAAUAGAUCUACAGUAGAGUAGUUAAUACCAAUUAAAUGCAGAGCUGUCUAAAUUAUGGAUCAUCUGUUUGAACCUGAUAUCUUUUCAUUUUUAAAUUACUCUGGCUUCUUAGUAGCAGAAUUGUCCUUAUUAUGGCUGAUCAUUUAGUCCUAAUAUUUCCUUUAAAAGAAGUAGUGAUGGGAAAUGCCCAUGUAGGGUCAAUAGUCUUUAUAAAAUAGCUUACAAAAUAUAGAGAUUUAAGGUGCUUUCUUUUCAAAUAUUUGCUUGGCCCCUGAAAUGGUCAGCUAUGGUGAGGAGACCCCAAAAUGGCCUUGGUUUCUUUAGUGUUAGAACUCUUGAGCUGACAGAGAGAAUGAUCAGCUAUGUAGCUUUAGAGAAUCUCAGCAUUAAAGAAAGACGAGUCUUAAAUAAUUACUUUAAAGACAGUAAUUGCCUGUCCUAUGCCCUCCUCAGUUUAAAAAACAGCUGACACAGUUAAAGAAUUUAUAAAAGAAUCUUUUAAACUCAUUCUACCAGCUCCAAAUGUGAAGGUCUGCAGCUAGUGUGAGCAGGGCAAAUGAUUCAUUUUUCCAGUAGUUGGAACAGGUUUAGGGUUAUCCAUCCAUCAAUUCUUAGCUGAUAAAUGGCCGGGAUUACUUUAGGGGAAUGCAGUAUUUUGCCAUAAGGCCAGCUUUAGUGAAGAGAAGAUGAAAGUUUUGCCCAGGUUCUCAAAUCUUAAAGCUGAAAGGGGGUACUCUUGAGAUAAUAUAGCUCAGUGUGCUCAUCGUCAAGUCGAGAAAAUGAACAGGAAGUUUUAAAAGGGUCCUUCUGACCCUUUGCUCUGUAUCUCUACACAACUUUAGAAUGACCAUUUUCAGUCAUUAUGAAAUAACAAGAAAUAUGGUUGUAUUUUAAAAGGCACCUGGGCUGUCUUUUCCUUGAAAUUAUCUUUUUAAGGCUGACUUUGGAACAUGGAUCUUGACCUGAGGUCCAUGAAUUUUUAAAAAGUAUUUUGAUAAUGAUUUCAAUAGAAUUGGUUUCCUUGGUAUUCCUAUGUAUUUUUAUUUGAUGCAUAUAAAAACAUUCUGAGACAAGUCCGUAUAGGCAUUGCCAGUCUGCCAAAGGGUUCCACAAGACCAUUACAUUAGAAUGAGGUCAUAUGCAUCUGUGUAUUAAGUAUUUCUACAUUUUGUAUGAACAACAAAAAACUGCAAAAUUUCUUUUUGUUUGUUUCCUGAGAAUUCCUCAGUGCUGCUGUUGAGUCAGAGAAAAUCUCAUCUUAAAAAAAUUAUAGUUUUAGAGUUUGAAAGAAAACUUAGAAGUUAUCUAGGUCACCGUUGCCGUUUCACCUAUAAAGAAACAGCCUCAGGGAGGUUAAAUGACUUCUCCACAGUCACACAAGCAGAGUUUGGGGUUCAGAUCCAGUUCCAAUGACUCCAAGCCCAGCAGGCUUUUUUUUAUUCAGCAUUUCAGCGUGUUUUCCUCAUGACAGCCUUUGGAGGGAAGUAAAUGUAGUUACAUUCUACAUUGCUAUAAGGCUAAGAGGGGUUGUGAUUUUUUUGCCCAAGUUCACACACUCACCAGUAAGCAACCCCCAUGCUUACCACAGUGUCUGGCACAUAUUAGGCACUGAAUCUCGAUUGAUUGAUGGAUUGAUGCUAAUCCAAUGAACUCUUAACUAUACUCCAUUUAAUUUGUUAAACUGUAGGAGACAGUGGAUAGAAUGCCUGGAGUCAGGAAGAUUCAUUUUCCUGAAGUUCCCUAGUUCAAAUU